GCCCCGCCCAGACCGCGCCCCCCUCAGCGGUACCCGGCCGGGCUCAGCUGACGCCGCACUUCACGUGACGCUGGAGCCGGGCAAACAUGGCGGCGGCCACCCGACCUUCGUUUUGGCUGGGGAACGAAACCCUGAAGGUGUCCAUGGAGCUCUUCGCCCUGAACAGGCGGCGCCUGUGUGAGCGGCUGCGAAAGAACCCGGCCGUGGAGGCCGCCUCUGUCGUGCUGCUGCAGGGCGGGGAGGAGACACAGCGCUACUGCACUGACACGGGGGUCGUGUUCCGCCAGGAGUCCUUCUUUCACUGGUCAUUCGGAGUCACCGAGCCAGAUUGCUACGGCGUGAUUGACAUCGACACCGGAAAGUCGACCCUGUUUGUGCCCAGGCUUCCUGACAGCCAUGCCACCUGGAUGGGAAAGAUCCACCCCAAGGAGCACUUCAAGGAGAAGUAUGCCGUGGAUGACGUCCAGUACACAGACGAGAUUGCCAGUGUCCUGAUGUCACAGAGCCCCUCUGUCCUCCUCACUUUGCGUGGCGUCAACACUGACAGCGGCAGCGUCUGCAGGGAGGCCUCCUUCGAGGGCAUCAGCAAAUUCAAUGUCAACAACACCGUUCUUCAUCCAGAGAUAGUGGAAUGCCGGGUGUUUAAGACGGACAUGGAGCUGGAAGUUUUGCGCUACACCAAUAAAAUCUCCAGCGAGGCCCAUCGGGAGGUAAUGAAGGCCGUAAAAGUGGGAAUGAAAGAAUAUGAGAUGGAAAGCCUCUUCGAACACUACUGCUACUCCCGGGGCGGCAUGCGCCACAGCUCCUACACCUGCAUCUGCGGCAGCGGUGAGAACUCAGCUGUACUGCACUACGGACACGCCGGGGCCCCCAACGACCGGACCAUCCAGGAUGGAGAUAUGUGCCUGUUUGACAUGGGCGGUGAGUAUUACUGCUUCUCUUCUGACAUCACGUGCUCCUUCCCUGCCAACGGCAAGUUCACCAAAAAACAGAAGGCCAUCUACGAGGCCGUGCUGCGGAGCUGCCGUGCUGUCAUGAGCGCCAUGAAGCCAGGUGUCUGGUGGCCUGACAUGCACCGCCUGGCAGAUCGCAUCCACCUGGAAGAGCUGGCCCACAUUGGCAUCCUGAGUGGCAGCGUCGACGCCAUGCUCCAGGCCCACCUGGGGGCCGUGUUCAUGCCUCAUGGGCUUGGCCACUUCCUGGGCAUUGAUGUGCACGACGUGGGAGGCUACCCCGAGGGCGUGGAGCGCAUUAACGAGCCCGGCCUGCGGAGCCUGCGCACCGCACGGCACCUGGAGCCAGGCAUGGUGCUCACCGUGGAGCCGGGCAUUUACUUCAUCGACCACCUCCUGGACGAGGCCCUGGCUGACCCAGCCCGCGCCUGCUUCUUUAACCGCGAGGUCCUGCAGAGCUUUCGUGGAUUUGGUGGGGUCCGCAUAGAGGAGGACGUCGUGGUGACUGACAGUGGCAUGGAGCUGCUGACCUGUGUGCCCCGCACAGUGGAGGAAAUCGAAGCAUGCAUGGCAGAUUGUGACAAGGCCUUUACUCCCUUCUCUGGCCCAAAGUAGAGCCAGCCAGGAAUGCCCAGUGGGACUGGGGACACGGCCUUGCCACCUGUCUUCACAACAAGCAGCCUGCUGAUUGGCUGUCCAGAAGCAAGAGAUGGUGCUCCGAAAUCACAUGCCAGCAUCGACGUUUGAUCACACCAAAUAGUACUGUGUUCUAGGGGGAGAAGCUUUUUUAUUACCUUUCUGCAAGAUCACACCCUAAUCUGUUAUUACUAAGCUUAGAUGAUAGUGGCUUUUAAAAUGCUAAUUGCAAAUAAUCCUGUACUUUAGCCACUAAAAUGUGUCUUGCUGUCACUUGUAUUCUUCUGCCCCAGAAAGAAAGAUUUCCAGUGUUUUCUCUCUCAAAAAUCAAAUCACAGAAUGGAAUUUGCAAUAAAAGAUUUCCUAAAAUGGUC